CUGAUCAGGAUAUCAUCACUUUUCUUCUCUUACACCGAGCGCGCAGCACCGCGCCCUGCUUUCUAGGAGACUGUAACCUCCUUUUCUCUCCCCCUGUCCUCCCUCCUUCCCUCCUCUUGACAGAAUGGCCCGGUUUGGAGACGACGUCCCGGGCUUAUUGAGCUCAGGGGAUGGAGGGUCCGAGCGCAACCGGAACCGCGAUGGGGCGGCGGUGUCCACAGGUGGCAUCUCCCCAGCCUUCAAGCAGACCAAAGCGCAACGAGCUCGCACCAUGGCUCUAUACAACCCCAUCCCUGUCAGGGAGAACUGCUUCACCGUCAACAGGUCCCUCUUCAUCUUCGGUGAGGACAACGUGGUCAGGAAGUACGCCAAGAAAAUCAUUGAGUGGCCAUAUCCUUUUCUGCGUCAUGCAAGGUGUACAGACACACUAACCAUGAUGUGCAAAGGGUAG